GGGCACGCGGCGCCGGCGUCAUGGCGGCCUCCACGUUGGGCUCUGUCUGCCGCCCGCUGCAGCUUGGCGUCCCCGGCCUGUGCCCCCGGCGGCCGGGGCCCCGGAGUAUGUGGGCGCGCGUACUGCGGUUCCCGGGGCCCGCGGUGACCCGGCGGAGCGUGGCGGCGACCCGUGGACUGGGCGCCUCGGGCACUGACCACUACUGCCUGGAGUUGCUGCGGAAACGAGAUUAUGAAAGUUAUUUAUGUUCCCUGCUGCUCCCUGCAGAAUCUCGAAGCUCUGCUUUUGCACUGAGAGCCUUCAAUGUGGAACUGGCUCAGGUCAAGGACUCAGUCUCUGAGAAAACAAUUGGACUUAUGCGAAUGCAGUUUUGGAAAAAAACUAUAGAAGAAAUAUACCAUGACAAUCCACCACAUCAACCUGUGGCCAUUGAACUAUGGAAGGCUGUCAGAAGACAUAAUCUGACUAAAAGAUGGCUUAUGAAAAUCAUUGAUGAAAGAGAAAAAAAUUUAGAUGACAAAGCAUAUCGUAAUAUCCAGGAACUUGAAAAUUAUGCUGAAAACACACAGAGUUCUCUGCUUUAUUUAACACUAGAAGUAUUGGGUAUAAAGGAUGUUCAUGCAGAUCAUGCUGCAAGUCACAUUGGAAAAGCACAAGGCAUUGUCACUUGCUUGAGAGCAACACCCUAUCAUGGUAGCAAAAGAAAAGUGUUCCUUCCUAUGGAUAUCUGUAUGCAGCAUGGUGUUUCACAAGAGGACUUUCUACGGAGGACCCAAGAUAAAAAUGUGAGGGAUGUGAUAUAUGACAUUGCCAGCCAGGCACACUUGCACCUAAAGCAUGCUAGGUCCUUCCAUAAAAGUGUUCCUGUGAAAGCAUUUCCUGCUUUUCUUCAAACGGUUUCUUUAGAGGACUAUUUAAAGAAAAUUCAACAAGUGGAUUUUGAUAUAUUCCACCCAUCUUUACAGCAGAAGAAUACAUUACUCCCAUUAUCUUUGUAUAUUCAAUCAUGGAGGAAAAGAUAUUAGAACAAUUUCAUGGUGUUGAUGUGAGUUUACUUUUUAAUUCAAGGUCAGUUUUACAGAAGUUUACAAGUUAGGGUUCCUGUUUAGUAACAAUAGCAACUCUUUGCUUAAGGAGAAAAAGAAUUAUUGGGUGGGAGUUGAGUUAGCUCACAGAACCGAUCUGAAGUUGCUGUGGGACUAGGGUGCCAAGACACUGCCAAGAAAUCUGCCAAACAUACCACCAUUGGCACCACCAGCCCAAACAGGGUCUAUUGCGCCAUCCCUGGGAAGUCAGAGCCCAGGAGGGAGCCAUGCUCCAGCCAGAGGGUGGGGAGAGGGAAUACCUUCCUUCCUCUCUCACCCUUAGGAAGGGAAAGAGGAAGCACUGGAAUUUGUAUGCCAAGAUCUAAAACUCAGGUGUUCUGUAUACCUGGAAAUGCAUUUAUUUAGGGGUCAUGAACGAUGAAUUUAACCUUUGAAUAGUAUCAGUUUCUAUGUAGAGGACUUUAUAUCCUUAAUGUUUAAUCUUUAUAAUCUUGUGUGAAAGUUUAUCCAUGAUGAUGAGACAGUUCAUCUAAGAUAAGGCACCUACGGGGUGAGAACUGGAGCCCUAAUUUGAUUUUAGGUUUGGUUGGUCUGGAAGCUUUAACUUUAUUGUUAAGCUCACUGCUUCUGUUUGUCAGUCAGUAUUAUCAUGAUCAUGAAAAAACCGUAUUGGCAAAAUUUGUAUUUGUGUAAAUUAUAUUAAUAUAUAUUGAGCAUCCAUUAAAUGUAUAUUUUAAAAACUCUUAUACAUGAGCUUCCCAAUGAUAAGCACUGUAAAAACUCACAUUGUGUGUGUAUUCUCACUUAAUCUUUUUAAAAGCCCUAUGAAAUAAAUGGUAAUUAAUGUA